GCCGCCUCCCUCUCCCGCCCAAACCACACACCUCUUUCGGUCGAUUGCCAUAGACAUCAGCAGCAAUCAUGGGUAUCUCACGAGACUCUCGCCACAAGCGUUCCGCCUCCGGUGCGAAGCGAGCCUACUACCGGAAGAAGCGCGCUUUCGAGGCCGGCCGUCAGGAGGCCAACACCCGUAUCGGCCCCAAGCGAAUCCACACCGUCCGCACUCGCGGUGGCAACCACAAGUACCGUGCUCUGCGUCUCGACUCGGGCAACUUCGCCUGGGCCUCUGAGGGCUGCACCCGCAAGACCCGUGUCAUCGUCGUCGCUUACCACCCUUCCAACAACGAGCUGGUCCGAACCAACACCCUGACCAAGUCCGCCGUUGUCCAGAUCGAUGCCGCUCCUUUCCGUCAGUGGUACGAGGCUCACUACGGCCAGCCUCUAGGCCGAAGACGCCAGCAGAAGCAGGGCAAGACCGAGGACGAUGCCACCAAGAAGAGCAGCUCCGUCGAGAAGAAGCAGGCCGCCCGCUACGCCGCCCAGGGCAAGGUCGAGGCCGCCAUUGAGAAGCAGUUCGAGGCCGGUCGUCUCUACGCUGUCAUUGCUAGCCGACCCGGCCAGAGUGGCCGCUGUGACGGCUACAUCCUAGAGGGCGAGGAGCUCGCCUUCUACCAGCGUAAGCUGCACAAGUAGAUUCGCUCUACGUCACAAUGAGAGGGGAGAGUCACGCGCAGAGGAUGAAAAGAACCCGCGGCUGGAGGUUCGCCAUGAAUAUGAGUAUGAGGUCAUUGCGAUGUUACCCACACUGGAACUGGUGUUCACGGAUCCUGGUCGUUUUCAGCAUGGGAAGGGAACCGCUUCUACUAGGUUAAGAUCAAUAAAAGAUCGCCGAAGAGGCAAUUGUGGCAUUACGGUGUUUCUGUUUUUUCUGAUUUGAAAUUAACAAAAUCCAAACAUGACCGCUCCUGUGUGUAUACAUUUGCGUGACUGUAACCUAUCAAAUCGUGAUGUUGUAAGAAAUAUGCAUUCGAACAAGCCAGCUUGUAUCGUACAUAAGCCGUUUACAAUGAGUACUUAGAUAUACUGGAUUUUGUCAACUAAUGCUCGGUUAGCCUAUCUAGUUCUACCAAGCUUGGUGUCAAGACAUAUAUGUAGGUUGCUAUAAAUUUACUUACCUAUGGUCCACUAUACACGAUAGAGUUUUCUAAGAAGAAAUAGGGGCAUGGUACGUCGGAAACAUGUUGACUUUCAAAGCAUACAUUCUGUGAGUAAAAAC